AUGGGAAUUUCUAAACUUUGCUGUCAUAAUUCGGAGUCAGGUUUGAACUCUCGAACGCCAUUCUUCCAACGCUUUGCCUGUGGAGUCGGUCACGUGAUGAAUGACAUCACUCGUCAGCUUCUGUUUUCGUUUCGUUUGGUUAUAUUUAUGCAAGUGUUUGGUCUCUCUGCUGCCAAUGCCGGCUGGUUGAUGCUUUACGGACUUAUCACUGCUACAACAUCUUCAGCAAUCGGCGCGUUCCUGAUUGACAACGUCAAAAUUCCGUAUUUGUCCAAGACGCUUGGAAAAAGGAAGGCCUGGCAUUUGAUUGGUACUAUGGUGGGUGCAAUCGCCAUUCCACUCUACUUCAGCUCCUGUUUCCUUUGUCAGAGCGAUCAAGGGCAAUGGCAACAGAUGAUAUGCAUCCCAGUUCUUAAUACAAUCUUGUCAUUUUCAUUCGGCUUGAUGGAAAUUAGCCAUCUUUCGAUUAUUCCUGCCAUCGCUAAAGAUCAAAGCGAAGCUGUUGAAUUAAACGCAUGGAGGUACAUUGGCAUAUUUUUUUUUUAUUCUCUCAGUAACAUUAAAUUGAAAUUUCUUUUUCAAUCGACGUAGUUUUAAGUCAAGUUAUUCGUCAAUGUUUCAGGUGAACUGAGGAGACAUUUGUAAAGUCGGAAGUUUUCUUAUCACAUUUUAUUCGUUUUCUUAAAGGACUGCUUUUUCCUUCUUGAGUGGCAUUAUGACCUUCAUCGUUGCAUGGUUGAUAAUAGGACAAGAUAGCAGCGAAAAUAUAUCGGCAGAGAACUCGAUGGAUUUUACGGUAUGAGUACUUGGAAUAUUACUUAAACAAUAUCUCUUGCACGCACGAAAGCACAUUCUUUUAGCUUCUUUUCUCCUUUAAUUACAUUUCAGGUUUUGACUUUAAUUCUGGUUGGAAUAAGUCUACUAUUUGCUGUAAUCUUUCACGUUGGAACAAAAGAACCUUCUGAAGAAAGUGUUGGACAACUAUCCAAAACAAAUCGGUAAGAUUUGGUAAAUGUUUACCUAAUAACCCACCCUUAAUAAAAAUCUGGAACUUUUAAAUAUUAAAUAAUUAAUUGUAACUCAGGGUAACAGCUUUUCCGCGUAACUUAAAUCGUUACGGAUCGGAAGGUGCAUUACAGAGAACGCAGAGAGUUCCAAACUGACUUUAGCACUAGGACCAAGCUCGCUUUAGACCAUACGGAGAAGACAAACUAUAAAAAAAUGAAGUUAUAUGUUUAAUAAGAAUAUGAAACUAAGCUAAGAUGCCUUUUUAGCUCUAAACUGGCCUUCAAUGCGAUUAUUUUUAAAACUGUUUUCUCCUCUACUCUUUCUUUAGAGAAAGAUAUCUUUUAUUCCAUCACACACCCUGGUUAGGGCGAUGACGUUGCAAAGAAAAGGUAUGAUUAAUUAAUUCAACCGAAAUUUAUCAAGUGUACUGAGCUUCACCAAUUCAGUUUGGACACUACAAUUACGUUUGGCAUGAUGCAGGGAAUCGUAUCUCCAAAUUAAACAUGACAUGGUACAGCCCAGUUAUUUUCUUGGAAUAGAUUUUCAGGUUACGCGGCUUUUUGUUGCCUGUUGUCGGUUACCAUUCAUAUUCGUUCAACAUGACGUCACGUCCGCCAUAUUGUUUAGUUACAAAACUAUAAAACGGCAGCCAUGUUGGUGUAUCAAACCAGUCCUUUGAUAGCUGAACCUUUUUCUUGUGUAAAAACAUUCUUUUGUUCCAAUAAAUUUGCGUAGCAACAGGCCAUGUGAGUGGAAACGCUUUAUACAGCUAUUUUGAGAAAGGUUGUCGCAAAGGUUGUGCACGCGACAAUCCCGGAAGGUAAUAUGGGAUAUGAUCAAUACACUGUUCCUAACACAAGUACAGUAGCUGUCGAACUUACUUUUUUUGCUUUCCACAAGCACUCGCAAACAUACGUCCAUGGCCUCUCGUGCCAUUCUCUCAAAUUUCCUGGAGGAACUUGAGUGAACGCAAUGCACCCACAUUACCUUUCGGGAUUGUCGCCUGCACUUUUUCCGACAUCCUUUCUCGAAAUAGCUGUGUAUUGCAGUAAUUGUAACUGCAGCAGCUUUAAGUUACAAGUUAAUUAAGUUUUUAACAAUUUCAUUUUUGUUCUGCCAAGAUGUGAAUCUUCAAAAGCAAACAAUGCGUGACGCUUUCAUCGAUGGUAUGAAGGCCAAGGCCGAAGGAAAUAAUACAGGCGACACUGAGAAACAACCUUCGAGAAAGCAGAGUUUUCCGAGGCGCUUUAUCCAAGCCCUAUUUUCUAAUGAAGAAAAUGACGAAAAUAUAGCUGGAGAACAAUUACCGGCUGACAUCAAGAGCUUGAAUGAAUCAGCUUCCAAACGCUCAGGCGAGAUAGACGGGUGUUCUUCUUUUAAACCAAAAGAUCAGGGCGAGGAAGAAAUGUUAAAAGGUGUCAAACGUUUGCCUAAUGAACGAAAAAUAAGUGUUCUUGUGAGUAUAGUUUAUGGAUUGAUAGGAGUUGACCCCGCUACUGAUGAACAGAUGAACGAAGAGUCAAAGAUGGAUACAAACUCUGCGUCACCAGGGAACAUUGUUGAUAAAGUAAACGGCAUUCAAGGAACAAACAUCGGAAAAGGAGAAACAGAUUUCACAGCUAACUCUUCAGUUUCUAUCGAGCACCUUGGUGUUGACAAUAAAGGAUAUAAGUGUGAAACAGAAUUGGGUGUUCCUGCGUUACAAACCAACACGACCAAAACAGUUCCCCGAGUUACAUCUGGUGACCUCGAAUCUGCACGUCCAGCUUCGCCCACACCUAAGACAGUACGAGCCUGGCUCAAGGAUCCACAUAUAUAUAAGGUGAUUUAGGUUCUUGGUUUUUUUCUGCUUUUGCUUUUUUAUAUUGGGAUUUGUAAGUUUUUCUGCAUGGAAUUAGUUACCCAUCCAGUUCUGAUCGAAAAUUUUGUCUGUUUGUGGUUUUUUCACGUAGGUGGCUAUCAUCUUCACGUGCACAAUGUCUGUCAUAAGCCUGGCGUAUGCCUAUCUUCCAUUGUUUCUUAUCUACAGAGUACAGUUUGGAAAGGUAAGGGCCGGGGAUAAGGUAUAUAUAUACUCACAAAAAGUAGACACAUAGCUAGUGCCACCUUCGCUAAGUCAUUUUCAGGAGCAUGCAUCUAGUACAAGUUCUGUAUUGAUAUACCGCACCCGUAUUGGACACUAUAGACCAUAUAUGGAUGAUACCUUAAUACAAAAAUUAGACACAUAGCCAGUGCCACCUGCGCAAACUCAUUUUCAGGAGCAUGAAGCGUCUAGUACAAGUGCGGUGUAACUGCAUGGAAGGCCGGGUCCCGGGCUUCCUUUUAAUCACACCAAAUCCUGCUGCAUUUCCAAAUUUUUCAAAACAGUGAAAAUACCUUGUUUGAAAUUGAAACUGAAAAGGUGAAAUUAAAGGCUACUGGCAAUCCGAUUUUUCUCUUAGAUCCGUUAGUCACAACUAACGCCUACGUUUUUCGCCCCUCGCAGCUUCAUCAUCUCACCGCUCGUGGGCGCCACCACCGUAACUUUGGAGAAAAUAAGAGACUCUUUGCAGACCAAAAAAAUAUGUACUUUCUUCCUUGUACUUUUUGCACCCCUCAUUUCGAGAUAACUAGCUUCAUUUGUUACGUCUCUAAAUUUACGCUAUGAAUCUAGUACAAUGAUUUGCUUUUCCUUUGACAAGACCACCAAAAUUGUUUAGUUAGUUAACUUUGAUUACGUUAAUUUUAACUCUCGUGUUUUCAUUUUUUUCAGUGGUGUUUUGUCCUUGCUGCCCUCUUCGUGAUUACAGCUGGUGUAUGGUUUUAUUUCAUCACCAAGUCCAACAGAGUAAUGACCUACCCAGCCACUGUGUUACUGGGUUUUGGAUUCUCCGCCAUGCUCGUGAAUGCACUAAGCUUCGCUGCAGAACUCAUUGGAGACAACAAAGUGAGUUCACUCAUUUAAAUGCCGAAGAAAGGGACGACGAUUAAGAUUAUUUUUUUAAAAAAACUACAAAGAAUAGCCAUGUCACACCAUAACCCUUUGAUUAAAAAAAUACUUACAUUUUAAAAAUACUUAUUAAUUUUCUCCUUUUUGGUUUUGGAAUAUCAUUUCUUGCUGAUCGGGUAUUUUCUUUCUACGUUAUAGAGCACAUCUGGUGUCGUAUUUUCUUUUAUGAGUUUGAUGUCAUACCUAACUAGCGGAACAUUGAUCACCACAAUACAGAAUUUGUUUCCUGAAGGAAGGUAA